AAGCAAGGCAAAAACCUUGGUGUGAAAACACAGCAUGUCCUACAGAUGGGCAGGACAAUAAAAAAGGCAGAUUGCUGUGUACAAUCACGUGAAUGUACAUUCUUGUCCCAAAAAAAAAGGAGGACUAUGUGGUCCUGCUGAAACAUGAUGGAUCUACAUACACUCACUCAGCUGUUAAAGUUGGACCAAUAGAUCAAGGAAACUGGACAAGUCUUAUACCUGGUAUAGCCACUGAUGGUUUGACGGAUCUCAUUGCUCAUUUCAAGAUUGCUAAUAUGCAGCUGGCUCUUCAAGCAACAAUAAAAGUUCUUCCAAGAACAGUGUGCGGUGAUUCUAAUUGUGAAACAACUGAGGGUGAAAAUUGCGAGACCUGCCCAAAAGAUUGUGGUAAAUGUCCCUUGAAAACAUGGGAAAUUGGACUUAUUGCAGCUGCUGGGGUUGUUUUUAUUGGCACAAUAGCUGGAAUAUACGCGUACUUUGCUUGGCAGAGAAGAAAGUUACUUUGGGAUGAGACAUGGAUAGUACCAUUUGAAGAUGUCAAACUAGAUGAAGGUUUGCGUGGAGCAUUUGGUAGUAUGAUAGGAAGUGCUGUAGAGUUAAAUAAGAAACAGUCAGAAGGUGGUGUUAGUGUAAUGCAAACAGGAGGAAAACAAGUGUUUGCACAGACGUGCCAAUAUGAUGGCAGAACAUGUGCUGUGAGAUCUGUUACUAAACAAGACUUCAGUCUUACAAAGAAAGUCCGUCUGGAAGUCAGAGAAAUAAGAGAAUGUGACAAUGUAAACUUGUGUAAAUUUGUUGGUGCUUGCAUCGAGAUUCCAAACAUGUGUAUACUGUGUGAGUACUGUCCUAAGGGAAGUCUUUCAGAUGUUCUGCUCAAUGAGGAGGUCCCACUUAACUGGGCUUUCAGGUUUUCAUUUGAGGGUGACAUCGCUAGAGGCAUGGCAUAUCUUCAUUCUCGAAAAAUAAUCCAUGGUCGACUGACUUCUAACAACUGCGUAGUGGAUGACAGAUGGACAGUAAAAAUUUCAGAUUUUGGAUUAAACACUUUACGAUUUAAUCAUAUCACUGAUCCAAUGGAACUAGAAGAGAAGGCUUACCGAAUUCAACGUACACGUAUCUACAUGGCACCGGAAUUCGGAGAUGCUGACCCAUAUGAUUACCAUGCAACAAUGCCUGGUGAUGUUUACGCCUUCGCAAUAAUUAUGCUUGAAAUUGCAAUAAGAAACGAUCCUUAUGGGGAUGAAGAUUGCUUUAGUUUAUCACCAACAUGGAAACCUGCUCUUCCAAGUUUUAAUCCAGAUUUGUUUGAUAACAAAGAUGACAUUUGCCCUUGUCCUGAACAAUACAAUCAGCUGAUUGAUGUUUGUUGGAAUAACGUGCCAACAGAGCGUCCAACAUUUGCACAUAUCCGUGCAACUAUUAAGAAGAUCAACCCAAGUAAACAGAGCGCUGUUGACUUAAUGAUGGCGAUGAUGGAGAAGUACUCGAAGCAUUUGGAAGCCAUUGUAGGAGAGAGAACAGCUGAUCUAGUGGCUGAGAAGGCCAAGACAGAUCGUCUUUUAUACAGUAUGUUGCCAAGGGCAGUUGCCGAUGAUCUCAGAAUGGGAAAAACUAUAGAUGCCAAGUUCCAUGACAUCUGUACUAUAUAUUUCAGUGAUAUUGUUGGUUUCACCACGAUUUCUGGAAGAAGUGCCCCAAUCCAGGUUGUCGGUCUGCUGAACAAGCUCUAUGUUACCUUUGAUGACAUCAUUGACAAAUAUGAUGUGUAUAAAGUGGAAACAAUUGGAGAUGCCUACAUGGUUGUGUCAGGAAUUCCAAUAUUUACUGAACAUCAUGCAAGUGAAGUUGCUCAGAUGUCUAUUGACCUUGUCAGAGCUUGUGAAACCUUUGUUAUUCCCCAUAUGCCAGAAGAACCUCUAAAGAUUCGAGUUGGUUUACAUACAGGUCCAGCAUGUGCUGGUGUUGUAGGUAUUAAGAUGCCUAGGUACUGUCUGUUUGGAGAUACUGUUAAUACUGCCAGUAGAAUGGAGUCUAACAGUGAAGCUUAUAAAAUCCAUAUCAGUAAUCCAUGCUACAAUGAGUUGAUCAAGUAUGGAAAUAAGUUUAACAUGGAAAAAAGAGGAACAAUUGCUGUCAAGGGUAAAGGAGAUAUGUUGACAUGGUGGCUGCAUGGCUUAGAACCUUCUUAUAAGGAACCUCCACCUGGGACUGAGGGCGGCAUACAUGCACCUGCGACUGAGGGCAGUAAACAUGCAUCUGCGACUGAGGUCGGUAUACAUGCACCUGCGUCUGAGGGCGGCAUACGUGCAUCUGGGAGUGAUGCCAACAAACCAGGGAGUCAAGUGAUAGCUGUACGAGAGUCCCAAACUAAACAAGAUAAUGCCUGAGAAGAAUUUGUAGAAAGAAAGGACAAUUGUGUACAGUAUUGUUUUUUACUGACAGUACCUUAUCAAUUACACUUAUUUAUAUGAAGUGUAAUAUUAUUGUAUUGUUUAAGAAAUAAGAUGUUGAACUUUUAGAAGUUUAGUUACCUGAAAGAAUGAAUGAUAUAAAUGGAUGAAUUUCCAGUUUAAAUUUGCAUUGCCCAGUCACCUGGAGAUUAUAACAUUGAUAUAUUUUACCUUAUCUAGAGGAAAUGUUUUUGUAGCAUUUUCUAGAAAAUAUUGAUUAAAUUGAAAAUAUUAUCAUUGCCCAUUCUAGGAAAUCUGAAUUUCAGCUUAUCUAUAGAAAUAAUGGUUUAAAAUUUCCCGACAUGGGAAAUGUUCAUUUGUAAUGCAUUUGAAUAAAUAGUAUAGAAAUAGAGUAAUUUUAAUUCAACUUGAGUACACUACAAUUCAAAAUAGAAUUACACAGAUUGUAAUUUACAGAAUUAUACAGAAUUACUUUUUGGACCUCCAAAGAACAAAAAAAAUCACUUUUUACUGCUUUCUUAACAAAGAAUCCAAUAAUAUAUUACAUUGUGUUAAAAACACUCCAUUCUAAGUCCAGAUCAGGGCAGUAACUAAUAUUUAUUUUCAAAAGAGAUUGAUUCAUGCUUAUAUACAAGAAUUCAAGAAGAAAUACACCAGGCAGCUAAAAUGAUGAGUUUAAUGUAUUUAAAAGUUUGUUCAAUGAAAUAAGGAAAAAUAUAAUGUAUUUAAGUUUGUUCAAUGAAAUAAGGAAAAAUGUUGUGAAGUUUGAUUAAGUAUGUACAUUUCUAGUGAGAAAGAGUGAGUGUGUGUAUUAAACUGUUUGAAAAUUGUUUUUGCAUAGUUUGAAGUUAAAUGUAAAGCAAAGUUGUAUCAUGAAUAUUUUAUGAAAAGUAAUGAAAUGAGUUAUGAAAAUUUAGAAUUGUGUGUUUACUUCUUAAAGUUUACAAUUGUGUUUGCUUGAUAUGUCAUAUAACAGGCAUUGGUAUGUUUAACCAGACAGGCAUUGGUAUGUUUAACCAGACAGGAAUUUGUAUGUUUAACCAGACAAGAAUUUGUAUGUUUAACCAGACAGGAAUUUGUAUGUUUAACCAGACAGGAAUUUGUAUGUUUAACCAGACAAGAAUUUGUAUGUUUAACCAGACAGGAAUUUGUAUGUUUAACCAGACAAGAAUUUGUAUGUUUAACCAGACAAGAAUUUGUAUGUUUAACCAGACAAGAAUUUGUAUGUUUAACUAGAAAGGAAUUUGUAUGUUUAACCAGACAAGAAUUUGUAUCUUGUACCAGACAGGAAUUUGUAUGUUUAACUAGACAGGAAAAUGUAUGUUUAACCAGACAAGAAUUUGUAUGUUUAACCAGACAAGAAUUUGUAUGUUUAACCAGACAAGAAUUUGUAUGUUUAACCAGACAAGAAUUUGUAUGUUUAACCAGACAAGAAUUUGUAUGUUUAACCAGACAAGAAUUUGUAUGUUAAACCAGACAAGAAUUUGUAUGUUUUGACCAGACAGGCAUUUGUAUGUUAAACCAGACAAGAAUUUGUAUGUUUAACUAGACAAGAAUUUGUAUGUUAAACCAGACAAGAAUUUGUAUGUUAAACCAGACAAGGAUUUGUAUGUUUUAACCAGACAGGCAUUUGUAUGUUUAAACCAGACAGGAAUUUGUAUGUUAAACCAGACAGGAAUAUGUAUGUUUAACCAUACAGGAAUAUGUAUGUUUAACCAUACAAGAAUUUGUAUCUUGUACCAGACAGGAAUUUGUAUGUUUAACCAGACAGGAAUUUGUAUGUUUAACCAGACAGGCAUUUGUAUCUUGAACCAGACAAGAAUUUGUAUGUUUAACCAGUCCGGCAUUUGUAUCUUUAACCAGACAGGAGUUUUAGAUGUUUAACCAGACAGGCAUUUUGUAUCAUAUUUGUAAUGUGUUCAAGAUAAUAUUAAAUUAAUUUUAUGCCAGCCAGUGCAUGCGUUAACUUGUUCACAUUAGUAAUAGUCUGAUGUCUUUGCCAAACAGAUGCUUGUGUACAUUUUAUGACAGCUGCCAUUUUAGAAAGUCAUAUAUAACAAGGAUAUAAAAGCAGUCCCAAUCAGUAGCACUUGCUUUUUUAACACUAUGACAUCAUACAAAAUGUUCAGACUUUAUUAUUUAACCAUUGUAAGUUUCAAGACAAAUUUUGGUGGAAAUGCACUAUUUCAUUGUAAAUGGACACAAUUUUAAUGUUGUUUUUAUUGUACAAGGAAAGAGAAUUUAUAGCUUUAACAAUUUGCAAUAUGCUAGCCAUAUAUGUUAUGUCUUGAAAUAUAGAAGUUACAUCAAUUUAGUACAAAUGAUAUCAUGACAAAAUGCAUACUGUUCCUAAUUUAUUAGUGUCACUGUCUAGAAUCAGUUUGUCAGAGAUUAAUAUAAAAUAAUGCUUUAUUUUUCAAAACAUAUUCAUGCAAAUAACCUUGUUCUGUAUAUGACAUAUAUCAUUAGUAAUGUAAAUAAUACACUUUGGAACAAAAACAA